AUGAUUGCCGCCCUUGUUCUCAUCGUGUUGAUUCAGAGUGCCUUCGGUGGCAACUUGGUGGAAGUUCUUCAAGCCGAUGGGGAAACGACACUCAUUUCAUUGGUACAACAAGCAGGUCUGGCCGACGCAAUUUUAGGAGGAGAAUUCACCAUUUUUGCUCCAACAAACGCCGCUUUUUCCAAACUUCCCCAGUCCACACUCGAUAGCCUUCAGAAGGAUACGACAGCUUUGGCCAACAUUCUGAAAUACCACGUGGUUAAAGGGUCUAUCCACAAGGCCGAUGCUUCUAACGAGCUUCAGUUGGAGACACUAGCCGGAACCAAGAUUAGAUUCAACAUCUAUCCUCACAAUAAUGUCGUGACUGUCGAAGGAUCCAAAAUCACUCACUUUGAUUUGACCGCCUCCAACAGUAUGGUCCACGUGAUAGACACCGUGAUGAUGCCUCCACAAGGAAGUAUCGUGGAUCUGGUGGCAGGCAACAGUGACCUCAGCACCCUUCUCUCCAACGUCCAGGCAGCCGGACUGGCUGGAGCUCUACAAGGUGAUGGUCUCACAGUUUUUGCGCCAACCAAUGCAGCUUUCCAAAAACUUGGAUCCCAUGUCUUGAAUAACUUGAGAAGAAACCCUCAACUUCUUAAAGAAAUCUUGGAGUACCAUGUUGUUCCCCACACUGAAUACUCCGCUGGUCUUUAUAACAGAGAAUACGUAAGGACGUUGGAUAGUCACCAUGAUGUCAUCAGGCUGGCAGUCAGUGGAAAUGCUGUUACCGUAAAUAGAAAUGGCCAUGUUGUCAAGGCUGACAUUAGCGCCACCAACGGAGUGGUACACAUCAUAGACCACGUGCUCAUUCCUGCCAGAUAUCUACUCUCCUCUAUUUUGGGAAAGUGAUAACAUUAGAACAAACUUUACUUUUGUUACAGUUUUUUGUUACGAUGUUUUACUCAAGUACAAUAAUGAUCGCCAGUGAUAUGUUAUCUAUAUCUGUUCAUAUUAAUACGAGUGUUGAUAUUAAAAAUUCAAAUUUAAC